AUGGAUACUCAUCUCAAGCUACUUCUUACUGAUGGCAUGGACUUAGCUGAUCCGAGUUCUUUUCAUCGCCUAAUUGGCUGCUUACUGUAUCUUACUGUCACACGUCCAGAUAUCACAUAUGCAGUAAAUUAUUUAAGUCAGUUUAUGCAACAUCCUGGUAAUGCUCAUCUCGAUGCUGCUCAUCGUGUCUUACAUUAUCUCAAGGGAACAAUCAGACAUGUCAUUUUCUUGUCCUCAGCCAGUUAUCUUUCUCUACAUGGUUAUACCGAUUUUGAUUGGGCAGGUUGCCCUUUGACUCGGCGUUCUACUACAGGCUACUUUGUUACAAUUGGUGAUAGUCCUAUUUCUUGGAAAUCGAAGAAACAACCAACUGUAGCUCGCUCUUCCACUGAAGCUGAAUAUCGUGCCUUAGUCAACCUCACUGCGGAACUUCAAUGGCUAUGA